AUGGCUCUUAAAGGCUUGUUGGGUUCCGUUGGUUUGACCCUUUGUUUCUUUGUCUUAGAAUUGGAGCCACAUCAAGCACAGACAUUGAGCCUUGGCCUUUCUGUUAGAGAAAACAUUUCAUCAAAUUCUCCCAUUCAAGGCUUAUGCGCCUCUUCAGUCAUCCUUCAUGGUUACAAAUGUCAAGAACUUGAAGUUACAACAACAGAUGGGUACAUUCUCAGCCUUCAAAGGAUCCCUCAAGGUCGAACUCAGGUUUGUGACAUUGAGACUGUGAAACAGCCGGUGAUAAUACAACACGGAGUAUUGGUGGAUGGAAUGACAUGGCUUCUGAACCCUCCAGAACAAAACCUGCCCUUGAUUCUAGCUGAUAAUGGCUUUGACGUGUGGAUUGCUAAUGCCAGAGGAACAAGAUAUAGCCGCAAGCACACCUCUCUGGACCCCUCUAAACCAGCUUACUGGAAUUGGUGCUGGGAUGAUAUGGUGACUUAUGAUUUGCCUGCUAUUUUUGAUUAUGUGUCCAACCAAACUGGACAGAAGAUAAAUUACGUGGGACAUUCUUUGGGAACUUUGAUAGUUUUGGCGUCCUUCUCCGAAGGAAAAUUAGUGAAUCAGCUAAAAUCAGCAGCCUUGUUAAGUCCCGUAGCGUAUUUAAAUCACAUGAAGACAGAAAUUGGAAUUAUUGCUGCCAACUCAUUUAUUGGAGAGAUCAUAACCGCGAGUGGUGAGCCAGAAUUUGAUCCCAAAGGGUUACCUGUUCAUCGAUUUAUGGAGGCUCUCUGCCGUGACCCUGGGGUAGAUUGUUCAGACUUGUUUACUGCAAUAACUGGUUUAAGUGAUAACUGCUGCCUCAAUUCUUCAACUGUUAAUCUAUUCAUGAUGCAUGAACCUCAGCCAACAUCUACAAAGAACGUCGUGCACUUGUCUCAGACUGUUAGAGAUGGGGUUCUGGCGAAAUUCGACAAUGGAAAAAUUACUCCUCAAAUCUAUAACCUUUCAAAUAUCCCCCAUAACCUCCCUCUUUUCAUAAGCUAUGGAGGUGAAGAUGCCCUAUCUGAUGUUCUUGAUGUCAGGAAACUGCUUGAUGAUCUCAAGUUCCAUGAUGCAGACAAGCUAAGUGUUCAGUUCAUCAACAACUACGCUCAUGCAGACUAUGUUAUGGCAUUCAAUGCCAAGGACAUAGUGUACAAUCAUGUUACUGCAUUUUUCAAAAGACAAUUUUAA